ACAUUGUUAGCAGACGUUAUCAACGCACAGCGCACUUGGAUCAUUGUAAAAAUCAAAGGACAAAAUAUAUUGCUUUCAUCAUAAACACUUAAUAAAGAAAAACCUGGAUUAUAAAAUCAAUAUAACUCAAGCAGUAGCAAAAUUUGUAAGCCCAGAUUCAGAUGCUUCAUCGGUCAUUUGUACAAUUUAAAAAAAAAUUAAUUGUCGGCAGUGGCAGAAGUAGAAGUCAGAAGAUUCAAUAUUAUUAUGUUUCUGUCGCAAGAACUGUCUUUUUAAUUCAAGUUGAUCAUGAAACUUUGAUUUAAUAUUCCUUUCUCGGUUUGUUUGUUUCUUUUGUUUUGAUUUUCGUUCUUGUUACAUUUAUUACAAACGAAAACAGUUAGUUUGAUGAAAUUAUGUAAUUUUAGUAUACUCUUACUCUUUAUCGUAGAUUUGUAAAUCUUUGAAUUUGAAAUUUCUUUGUCUUUUUAUAGUUAUUAUAGUCUUAUUCUUAUUAAUAAGUCUUGUUCUGGUCGUCUUAGACGUCUUACACUAAAGGUUUCUAGUCUCAUAUAUAUUGAUAUUAGCCAGGUUCUGGUUGGGUACAUUGCUGAAUCCAUUUACUUGCUUGCAUAUGUGCAACUAUUGGGAAGCGAUGCUGCUAUCCUAACGGCUCCUAGUGAAUGUCAGGGAUGUCUUGAUUGCCUCGAAACUCUCGAUUGACGUUGAGUCUACGGCAGCAUUUUCCAGGUGGUUCCAAGUGAUUAUUGUGCGUGUAAAGAAUGAUUGUUUAUAUUGGACUGUGUUACACCGAGGCACAGUGAAGCAUUAACUAUUGUUCCUGAUUUAAUUGCUUAUGGGGUUAUUAGAGGUAAAGUCAGUGUUCAUUGAGCGUUUUGCUUUGAUUUAGCGACCUGGCUUCUUCUGUGGGGGUGAGAUGGCUGGCACUAGCCCCAUGACCACUUUAUAUAGCAAUGUUAGGUGGAGCUUUUCUCAUCUGUCUUUGAGGGAGGGGAUAUCAAAUCUUUUUAAGAGGCUAGUGACAAAGUCAGGAUUGGUUGAUUUGUAGUCACGUGCGAUGAAGCGCACUGCGGUAUGUUGGAUUCACUCCAUUUUGUCCAUGUCUUGCUUUAGGUAUGGGUCCCGUAUUUAAAUUAAGUGUAACUAAUAUUAGAUUAUUAUUAUGUUCCAAAAACAAAACCUGCUAAUUAGGAAUAAAUUAAGAAUUGGUUAUGCCUUAAACUAAAACAAUAUAUAUAAUAAAAUGAAUAUAAUAUAAAUUAUAAACCAGUACCUUUGGUCAGUAGGCCCCUAUUUCAAAUAAUUAUAAUAAUCAAGUGACUGGGACAAAAAUUAAUAGUGUGAACUGAGACCACUGUGUAAUUUGGUUUCUGAGGUCGUCAUUUGUUAUGGUUGUGCACAAUUAAUUUUACAUUUGCUGUCUCCGCCCUUUGCUGACAACAUGCCAUUGAUUGCCAUCAGAUUACAACUUAUUCUAAGAUAUCUAUUAAAUAUCAAGAGUUUUUAUUAUUUGUGUGGUGCCCUGUAUGCAUAAAUUUGCUACUGAGACUACACAAGGGAAAGGGACAACUGCAGGACGAUGGCAGGUCUUGCACACAUGUUAGGGAUACAUUAAAGUUGCUUGUUCAUCCCAAUUAUGCUUUGGCUCAGGCCAAUUUGAGGAGGGAAGCAUUGAGCUCUAGCCUUCACCAACCUAAUAAAUGUUGAUUUUACAGCUGUUAACAUUUAAAUACAAAUCAAUUAACUUAGUUUUUGUCAGUAGUUUUGGGACAGUUGAGUAGGCUUAUCCAGUAAGUAGGUGAUAUUAAUAAAGAAUAAGGUUAUUUUAUUAGUAAAUAGUAUUUGUUGUGAAAACAAAAAUAUUUUGCCCUAUACAGCCUAUACUAUAUUAUUUCCUUUAAAGAAACAGGACUUAACUCAAAGUCAUCAUAUUGUCUGAAAAUGAAUAACAAAGUCUGCAUUCUGCAUUUAAAAGGUGUCUUGUUAAAGAAUUUAGUUUGAGUAAGAUCAUUCAACAGAUAAGUGAACAUUUUGAGUAACAUUUUCCUAAUGUUAAAAUGGAUGGAGAUGAAAAACUACUGAUGGGUUGCUGUGGUAGUGAAAUGGCAACUAUAAAUCUCAGCUUGGUAGGUCUGCUGUUGAUAUUUCAUUGAAUAGGAUGUUGGUACAAAUAUCUUCUGUUAACAAUUCCUUUAUUUAAAAUAAAACAAUUGAACAUUGAAUUUUAAAAUUUCCAGAAAUACAAUCAAGAUAAAUAGUUAUAAGUAUUGAUAUUAGAUUAUGAACAAAAAAAUUAUGUAUUUUGAGAUUAUAUAAUGAGUCUAUGGAAGAAAGUAACCUAUAUUAGUUAAUUUUCUUUUUCAGCUUGCAAUGCCAAAGAAAUUUGAUGUUGAUUUGAGCAGCUUUUGGUUUUGGGGUGCUGCCUUGAUUAUUUUUAGUGAUCCAUUCUGUAAAGCUUUGGUAAGUAAGAAACAGAGUCUUGAAAUGCAGAAUAGGCAACUAGUACACCCCUUUAAUAUAGAAUUGUAGCCCUGUGCCCCAAAGUUUUAUAGCUCCAAUAAUAACCAAUUCAGCAAAUGAAAAAUAGAUGAAAGUGAUUAGGGAGUCGUUUACACCUUGGCUGUAUGCAAAAAAAUCAACUAUUUAUUCUAAAUGUAUCUGUUUGAAAUCUUUUAUCAUUAGUAAAAAAUCUCUAAAAACCAUCCAGUCAAGCUAAUGCAGAUACUAACUACCCACUCUUAAGGUCUUCUGAUUGUGUAGCCUGUACUUUUUAAAACAGUACUUUAAGGUUUUCAGAAAUAUGUUGUUUUUACUUUCUCUGCAAAUUGCUGCUGAUUAUAAAAUUUAUUACAAAUAAUCGUAAGUGUCUUUAAAAAAUAUUCUUUCUUUGCCGGAUAAUCUAAUAGUAGUCAUGUUUUAACGCCUGAAAAAUUGGCAGCACCACAUGCCUGUAGCAAGAAUGUGUCAUUCUAUUUAUUUUUCAAAAAUGAUAUUUUACAAACUUCUUUUUUAGCUUAGUUUUUCUAAGGAUUUAGGUUAAGAUUUUGUAAAAUCUAUAAAAUUUUAAGUGAUAUUAUGAUUUUUUAAUUAAAAUAACAUUGUCAUGUCAUAGUUUUAAUAAACCAUCAUUUUUUUAUUCACAGUUUGGUGUACAUGAAUUCAAAUACAGCAGCCUGUGUCAUUACUUUGGGAACAAAUUGGCAUUUGCUGUCUAUGCAGGAACUUCAUUUGCAUACAGUUUUUGUGCAUUUCUCUUGUAAGUUGUUUAAUAUCUUAUGUGAUGUGCUCAUAAAUACAAUUUUGAUUACUAUCAGAUUUGAAUCAUCAAAGUGAAAUUGAUAGAUUUGAUGAUCAAACAAGCUGAAUUGUUAAAAUAAAAAUAUUAUUCACACACAAGUUAUGCCCAAGAGGCCUACAUUAAACUGUUUUCUUUUCAUAGAUUGCACAGAGUGCUGAGAGAACAAGGUCAUAAUUUGGAACUGGCUCGCAAUGAUGUGCUGUUAGUUGGCUAUAUAUUUCUGCUAAGUGGAAUCACCAUCAAAGUGCAUUCAUAUGGGAAAUAUGGAAUACUGGGUAUAAUGGGUGGUGAGUUUAAUAAUUUGUUUUGUUGCGAAGCUAGUAAAAUUAAGGAUGUUAAGAUGUUUCUUUUUUUUCUGCAAAGCAAUUGUUUGUUGUAGAAUUGAAAUUUUAAUCAGUUAUCAUUUUUAUUGACCUUUUUAAAAAUAAAUUCUUAUAAUGUAGGCUACUGUAUGCUUAUUUGUAAGCAGAAGUUAUCUGAGAAUAAAAAAUUUCAAAAUUUUAAAGGUCAUCUAUAUUUAAAGGUUACCCUCACACACCCUUUUCGGCAGAUAACAGCCCACAAAGCUAAGUGUUGAAUGAUAUAAUGCCAUAAACAUCAUCAAACAAAACACGCAACCAACCUCAGAUCUGAUUACAUGUAACAGCAGUCAUUAAAGAAUAAUAUUAAAAGUUGAAAUUUAUCUCUUUUUUUUUAUUACUUUUUGAUAUAUACAGCAAUAAGUAUUUCUGGAUUUUUUAAUAUAUUUGUUUAAAUAUUUGAUGUAUUCAAUAUUAAAAUGUUUAAAGAGAUUUUACAAUUUUUCAGGGGGAAAAAAAUGAUGAUUACAAUUGGGUCUUUAAACAUUCAGAGUAGAGGGCCUGUGAAAGAUUGAUGUGUUUAAUAUUGGUCUUUUUGCUUAUCUAGUGGUAAAUCAUAGAUAGCUCCCUACCAUACAAUUUAUUUGUUACAAAGCACUGUUUUAAUUAAAAGAUUCUCCUGAACCAAUCACCUAUGUUGUAUAACUCAAAGACUUGCAAGUUACAUAAUUAAAUUUAAUCUGAGGAUCUGUAGUUUUUUUUUGUUCAUUAAUUGUUUCCUUUUGAGAAAUAGAAUUUAAAAUUUAGUUUACUUUUUCCAGGUCAAUAUUUCCAGAUUCCAUUCAAAGUAAAAGGCCAGUUUCUGUAUGAUCCCUAUUACCACCCAUCAGGCACAUCAACAUUAAUGGCUUACUUUGGAUAUUCCCUCAUGUAAGUAUCUAGAUUAAUGCUAUGAAGGUUGUUUUUUUUAAAUUUUAACUGUUACUUAAUAAAAAAAAUUAUUACACUGAAUUUAUGAUGUUUGAAAUAUCCAUUGCUUAUGAUAGAAAACAUUCAUUAUAUCAAUAUCUUGAUGAGCGUAAAAUGGUUUUUGGACACUUUGGCAAGAAGCAUAAAAGAUACAGUAAUGUAAACAGUGGCUUGCUUAGAAGAAAACAACACUGGCUACCAAAGUUGCUACACAACAUCAUUUCACAAUACUCGUUUUUCUAUCAAUUCAUGUCUUAAUGUAUUCUCUUAAAGCAGACCUGCACACCUCAAAAUGUAAGACGGGCUGUAAUACUUUAUGAAAAACUUGUGCAGGCUUUAAUACUUUAUGAAAAGCUUGUGGGGACUGAAAGAUGAUAGGAAAGGGAGGAAAGCUAUUCAGAAAAUAAUAAUCAUAAAGUAUAUUUUGUGACUUCGCGGGCAACCAAGUGGGUGCUGGCGGGCCACAUGCGGCCUGGGGGCUGUAUGUUGUGCAGGCCUGUCUUAAAGCAUCAUCAGAAAUGAAUUUGGGAUGUGGAGGGGGAUUGGGCUGCUUUAACCAGGUAUCACAUGACCACAAAAUUAUCACUAUCUAGAUUGAGAUAUUAAAAUACAAGGAUGAAAGUAGAAUACUGCAGAGGUAUAAAGCAUCACAAUUAUGGUCAGUUGCCUUCACAUCUUCAGUUUAUUAUUGUUUUAAUUCAAACUGUUCAUUCCCUAAGAGAAAAAAAAACAACACAACUUUUAUACUUGUCUGAAUUCUUAGAGAUUGCAUAGGCAUGUAUCAGGAUCCAACCGUAAACCAGCUGUCUGUAAGCAAAUCUAUACUACAGACCGGUUAUGAAUGUAUGUUAUUAAAAUAAAGUGAUUUCCCCCUGGAGAUCUUAAGCUAAUUAAUUUUAAUUCAUUCUUUUCAACAUUUUCAGCCAUGCAAGUUUUGCUGGACUCGUUCUUACUGUAAUCUGUGGGUUGUCUUAUCUCAGUGCAUUCCAUUUUGAAAGGUAACUAUUUGUUGAAGAGUUACAGUUGACUGACUCAUGAGCUAUUUGUAGCCUGUGUUAGUGAUUUGCUUGUUUUGACAGUGCACACUCAGGUAAAAUGGAUGGGCAUUGCUAAAUUUGAAUGUUAACUAACAUGUUCCUUUUAUUUUAAAAAAAAAAAAAAUUGAAGAAUUACAUUGCAUGCCAAGACUGUUCUUUUAAUUGUUAGUUUUACAUUUUUGUUUGUUUGCAAAAUGUCCAUGUCACUGAUGACAUUAUGACAGAAGAAACAGGAUCAAAUCCCUGUGUAAAUUAAAUAAACACCUUUACUUCCAGGGAGAAUGGACAGGUGUGACAUGUUAACACUUGGCUAGAGUUUGAAUAGAUUUCAGUGGUACAGAAUUGUUAUUGUUGCAUAAGAGACCUUAGCCUUAAUAUCUGUGGUGUCAGUGUCCAUGCAUUAACAGAAUACCUUACUUCUAUACAUUUCAGAUUUCAUUAUCAUUUGUUGAACUUCCUGUGGUGUCGUCAUUGUCCUUGCAUUAACAGAAUAUCUUACUUGCAUACAUUCCAGAUUUCAUCAUUGUUUGUUGAACUUCCUGUGAUGUCAUUUCAUUGUCCAUGCACUUACAGAAUGUCUUACUAGUGUGCAUUCCAGAUUUUAUUAUCAUUUGUUGAACUUCCUGUGGUGGUGUUGUCCAUGCAUUAACAGAAUACCUUAAUUGUGUACAUUCCAGAUUUCAUCAUCAUUUGUUGAACCAAGGCAGCAAGACAUUAUUCAUAAAGAACAGCUUUAAUACUUUGUAUCUCCAGAUUAAAAAUAAAAACUUCUUCCAAACCUUCAUCCGUAAACUCACUGAGAUUAAGAAAAAUCAAAGACAAAAUAAAUAAAAUCUGGGACAAAAAUAUGCUGAAAGGAGCUUACUUGCAAAAAAAAGAGGUUAAAAAUUGACAUAAUAAUAAUUUUGCUAGUGUCCAAAAAUCCAAUUUUUCAUUCCAUUUAUAAAGAAUAUAAAUUUUAUAAAUAAUUGAUUGCUUUAAAAAAUGUAAAACUGUGAUUCCUUUGUUUAAAAGGUGUACAUAAAAAUAAAAAAAUAAAAAGUUGUUUAACUCCAUCAACAAUCCUUUCUAAACAGAAAAUUAUGUAAACACUUAAAUACUUAAAAGCAGGUUUGUUUAAAAUGCCCUGGGGAUAGAUUCUUUAAAUAAAUUUUACUUUUCUGGUAGUUCACUUCAAAUAUCUGCUAUAGUUUUUGGGGGGAUGUUUGUGGAAUAACAAAACUCAAAAUGUAUUAUAUUUGGAAGAGAUAUUUUUUUUUCAAGUAGAUUCUCUUAUUGUCGCAGAGAUUUCCUUAUUCAAUUUGAGAGAGCAUAAAGUGUAAGGGGAGGAUUCAAUAGCUGAACAUUUUAACCUUAGCUUUAUGGUUGUUAUUCCUUUAAAAUUAUUGGGUAACAGAACAAAAAAACAAACAUGAUCCAUACUGUAUGCAGUUAGUUGUAUUGUUGAAGUUUACAACUGACCUUUUUUUUUAAAGGUUGUAUUUAAUUCUACAAAUUAAAUUAUCUAUCAACAAAAAAAGUAGUAAUGUGUAAAUAUUGUACAAAUACAAUGGUGCUACUGGUACUAAUGUACUGAUAUUUGAAAUGAAUUCUUCCAGAAAGUAUCUGUGAUUGACAAGUAAAAAACAUAAUUCAUGUAUUGUUCUUCUUUAAAUUUGAAAUUGAUAAUUUGUGUGCCUUAAAAUCUACUAGUAAGAAUUUGAUUUAAUGUUUUCUGAAUUUUGUUGAGAUCUGCAAAUUUAUUUUCCUUAAUAGGCAAGAUUGUGUUCAAAUAAUUUAUUUUUCAAGAAAAUAAAGG